GAAACUCCCUCUAACAUCUCCUCAGUCCUCUUCUCUCUCUCUCUGUUGGUACUUCAUUUGCCUUCUCUCUCUCCACCCCCUCUGCUUUUUGCUUAUACUCUUUAAUUCUCAGAUCAGUUAUAUCUUCAAGUGUUUAUAAAUCCCCCUUGAUAUUUCCUAUUUCUAACGUUUCCUAUAAUAAAUUUCUCCUAAAAACCUAUGAUGUUUUCACCCAAAAACCAAACCCACAAGAGACUUGAUUGCAUUAAAAAAAUGGAUCGCUUUUCUACCAAAUACACAGAGCAUAAAACCGUGACCAACAAGCUAGUGAGAUGGGAGGACCCAAAAGCCACAAGAAUUGUAAGGAUUUCAGUGACUGACGGGAAUGCAACGGACUCGUCUGGAGAUGAAAACGAGGAACCCAAGAUCCAACAUCCAAGAAUUAAAAAGCAUAUCAACGAGAUAAGAAUGACAGAUUGCAGCGCCAGGGAAGCAGAGGCUGCGAAAAAAUCACCAGGACAACAAGUUGUGAAAAAAAACUCAAGGGAUCAGUAUUAUUAUCCAGAAGGGAAAAAGUAUCGUGGUGUGAGACAAAGGCCAUGGGGGAGAUGGGCAGCAGAGAUCAGAGACCCUCAUAGGAGAACCCGGGUAUGGUUAGGGACUUAUGACACGGCAGAGGAGGCAGCCAUGGUUUAUGAUCAGGCUGCUAUUCGUAUUAAAGGACCUGAUGCACAAACCAAUUUCACAAAACCUCCGGUGAGCAAACAACAUGCCCCAGAUGUUGAUAUUAACGUUAACAUUUCUGGGUAUGAUUCUGGUAAAGAGUCUCAUAAUAGUCUAUGCUCUCCAACUUCUGUACUUAGAUUUCAUUCCACUGGGGAACCGGGUCCAGAGUCACAGGCUGCUGUACAGAGUGACUGUUGCUGGAGACAAAAUCAAGAGGUGGUUCAAGAAGAAAUAUUGAAGGGUGGUGAUGAUGAGUGUUUGGUGAUGGAUCCUCUGUGUUUGAAGGAGUUUUGGGACUUUGAAAGUCCUGCACCGAUUUUUUUUGAGGAGUGUAGUGUACCGGGUACUGUUUUGAGAGAAGAUUAUGCUGAUAUGCCGGUACAUUUAGAUUGUGAUUUUGGUUCCUGUUUAUGGGAUGUUGACAAGUAUUUUGAGGCAUGAUUCCAGGAUCAUAAAAACCUUAAUUACUCUCUAUUUGGGGUUUAAGGUCAAGCUAUCUACAUAAUGAUACGAUGAUUUGGUAAAUUCCGAGGGGAGUUUUGGAUUGGUACUGUUUUCAAUUUUAGUUAUAGUGGUUGUGUAUAAAGAUUGUAAGGUUUAGCUUACAAUUUGGAAAUAUAUGUAAAUCCUUUCCUCUUUCUUUAUGUUUUCAAGAUUUUGAAUCUCUUAAGUGUUUCUUUAUGGUAAGUGUUCGUUUGCGAAGAUUGCAGGCAA